AUGGGAGAAAGAAAACGCAAAUUUCAUAGUGGUUUGGAUGAUCAAUCAACACAAAAACCUUCAGAAAUUGAUAGAGAAGCAUACAAUUUAACUCGUAUUCAUUCAGCUGAUCCUAUGGCAAAAAUGAUGGAAGAAAAGGAACAAAAAAGAAUGACAAAAAAAGCAAAAAAGGGGUGA